AUGCCAUUUCCUAUGCCUCGGCCAUGGAUUCCCCCUCAGACGACUUCACCUACACAAGUUCCUAAUACGAGCUCUUACAAUGUUCCAAACACCAAUAUAAAGCUUGUGCCAUUCGCUGCGAAUGACAUUUCCGAGUCACGAUACGAGAAUCGUCCUCUUGUAGACAAAGCUCAAAGACGCAAUGGAAUUCCAGCACUCCAGAGACAGUUCCCCAACGAAUCAUGUCCGUGGCUGAGCGGUGAUUGGCAGUCAUGUGUACACCCGGAAGGCGUACUAUAUCUGUACAACGACCGCCGGAGGGUGUUCACAGAAGCAACCUUGGAUCACAGCAUGUUCAAGUUGCUCGACGGAUGCGUAGACGAGUUAUACGAACUAGCGCAAACACGAUCAGUGGAUCUCGGAGCUGGCGACAUCGAGCUCGUUGUGCAACUAGCGCAGAAUGAAGCCCAAGGUGCACAAGUGUUUUGUUAUUAUUAUUUCGUCGACCACACAGCUCGGAUACUUUUUUGGUUGCACGAUCGCAAUCAAGAGACGGACUCUGAUAUUUUUAGUGGGCUCCAGGGCGUCACCGAUCUCAGCCAUAUUCGAUAUUCCCUGGUGUCUGAAUACUGGUUUGUCACGCUCAAUUUUGUACGAGUUUUGCAUACUUCCUGCAAGACUUAUCUUUAUUCUAAUAUGGCUUCAGAACCUAUGACUAUACUACAUGGAGUGAGCAGGACGCACUGCGAAUGCUACCCGGACCAUCAGAUGGAUAGACCGAAGAUCAUCAAGGAACUAAGGGAGCUUGUCGUGCAUGCAAUUACAGAGACCAUCACUUCGGACACGUCCUUGUCGCCUUUUGACGGAGAUGAACUUUCCAGAAUCUUAGAGUUAAUAAACCAUCUGAAAGAGAAUGCUCUGGACAACGACCCACAUUCUACAUGUGUUAUCGCGAGAUUCAUGCAUUACUUCUAUAGAGCCAAGUUCUUCAAUUUCUGCGGUUUACCCUGUGCUCGUCUUGAAGCCGAUAAAUCGGUGUACGAAGAAGACAAGAGCUUUCAUCUAUUGACCAGUAGUGCUUCUUUCGCUUUCGACGCCAUGCUGUUUUGGGCACCACAAUCACACCUGGAAGGACUUCGAAAAGUGUGGGUGGAUGAAUGCAUCAAUACGCCGCGGUGGAAAGACUUCAACAAAAACCUCAUGACAGAAUGGACUGGGAUCACGAUCUAUUCCACUGUCAUGUUAGCAGUAGACGUAAGUUUCCUUGCAGUGCCGAAUGUGAAUAUCAGCCAGUCGCAGUCGAUCGGGAUCAUUGCCACCUAUCUCUCCACCAUCUUUAUUACUGGCUCUUUGAUUGUAUCAGUCUUGUUGGUGCGACAAAACCAAAGAUAUGGAUUUGAAUCAGCGGACAAAGCAACGGUUUUUCUGUCUCAUAUGACGGGGACAUUUUUCGGAGUGGGAGCCCUUGCCACGAUUCACAGUCUUCCCUACGCAAUGCUUAUGUGGGGGUAGGUGGAUUGCUACUCCAUCACCGGGCUAAUGAUUACCUUAUUCUUGAUUAGGAUGAUAUACUUUGCAAUUGCCAUUCUGUACAAUGCUUUCAAGUCUACGACAGUUGCCUUGCUGGCAUCUGUCGUCAGCGGAUGCGUGGUCGUCACCAUGUUCAUUUUUUGGUUCAUCUGGGCAGCGAGAGAGUUCCAUCUUUUCGAGCCACUAGUAAAGUCUAUUUGCCCCUCAGUACUAGCAAGAAAUACUCGACCUUAGCACAUACUUCAGGAUUUGUAUACGUGCAAUGACAAUUACUUCAACGCCAGC